GAUCUUGGAGACAUAACAUAGACCGGAAACCGCUUGUUGUGAACCUUGUGAUCGGCAACCAUGAAACCCAUCUUCUUCCUCCUACUCCUCCAGCAGCUCCUCACCAUCACCCUCCCUUGCACUGCGAACAAUGCCACCCAACUUGUUUAUGACACGGAAGGUAACGUGUUAAGUAGCCAGCAAAAUUACUACAUCCUCCCUGCUAAACGUGCGAGCGGCGGGGGCCUGAGAGCUUUCCCUAGUGGCCUGCGGUGUCUGCACUUCGUGUUCCAGGAGCGCAACGAGGCUGUCCUCGGCACCGCCCUGCGAUUCACGCCACUACCAGAACACGCUUCGGCCACCGAGCCGAUUCGCUUGUCGAGCGACGUCUGGAUCGAGUUCCAUGAUUUUGAUAGCUUCUGCUCUGACAGGCUGGAUUGGCACCUCACCAAUCAGGUACCGGAGCCAUCAUCAGGAGAGCCUAAACACGUGGCCGCCGGCAGUGAAGAGGGCCUAAGAUCGUUUGCGGUGUUCCGGGUUGAGAGGCAUGGCGCAGAUCUCUCGGGAUAUAAGAUAGUUUCAUGUGUUGACAAGGGGCCAUGCAGUGACCUAGGUUUGCAUGUUUAUAAGGAUAAGACGUGGCUGACCGUGAGCAAUGAACCUUUUAUGGUUGUCUUUAGGAAAGAGACGCUUUAGGUGUUUUUUGUUUGUUUCUAGUGUCGAUGAUUUGUGCGCGAGUUCGUGCAUUUGUCAUGUCAUGUAAUAAGUCGCACCAUUUUAUACAAUAAAGCGGAUAUGAUGAUAUUGAA